CUUACGAUUUCUAAAAUCAUUACCAAACAAUACAAAUUCCAAAUUUCUUUUAAAAAAAACUCUGAUGAAUAUCACAAACUUUCUUAAGGAUUUUAAUCUCCCAUCCCCCCUCUUUGUUCUAUCAACAAUCCCCUUCCUUUUUUUCCUAGUGAAACAAAUUAAAUCAUUACCUUCAAAAUGCUCAAAAAAUCUCCCACCAGGUCCACCAAAGUUGCCAAUAAUUGGAAACUUGCAUCAAGUUGAUAAUAAACCUCAUGUCUCCACUGCAAACAUUGCAAGAGAAUAUGGCCCGCUCAUAUCUCUUCGCUUAGGCAAUCAACUCGUUGUCAUUGCCUCUACACCCGAGGCAGCCAUGGGAAUCCUUAAGACCCAAGACCGUUUUCUUUCCGCUCGUGUUGUGCCUACUGCAUUUCAGCAGCCAUCCCUAAUACCUCACUCCCUCAUUUGGUCGGAGUGCAACGAGACAUGGAAAAACUUAAGAACUCUUUGUCGAACAGAAAUGUUCUCGACCAAAGCCUUAGAGGCGCAAUCUAUGUUACGAGAGGAAAAGAUUGGUCAUAUGUUGGAGUUCUUGCAUAGCAAGCAAGGAGAGGCAAUUAACGUUGAGGAUGUAGUUUUUACUACAUUGUUCAACACACUAAGUUCCAUUAUUUUCGCCAAGGACUUAAUUGAUUUGAAAGAUGACUAUGGGGGUAGUAAUGAGUUGAAAGCAACACUACGUAAGAUAAUUGAGUUCGGAGGGCGUGUAAUAGAUUUUGGUUCUUUUUUUCCAAUCCUUGAGCGAUUUGAUCUUCACGGAAUAAGGAAGGGAACCCUGAAACUAUUUUCGAAGGUGUUUAGCUAUUGGGAAUACAUAAUAGAUGAAAGAAGAUCUCAAGUUAACUCUUCGACGUGGUCAUCGGAGCAAGCACACACGUUUGUGGAUCGCUUGCUAGAAAAUGGAUUUUCAAAUAAUCAGAUCCAUCAACUUGUAACGGAAUUAUUUGUAGCCGGAACAAAUACUACAACCAGUAUAGUGGUAUGGGUAAUGUCUGAGCUAGUGAGACACCAAGAAGUAAUGUUGAAAAUAGAUAAUGAGAUGAAAAGAGAAAUCAAAUCUGAUAAAAUUAACUCAUCUCAUCUAUCUAAAUUACCUUAUCUACAAGCUUGUAUCAAAGAAGCUAUGAGGUUGCACCCGCCUGUUCCUCUUCUACUUCCACAUAUGGCAACCGACACUUGUGAGGUUAUGAGUUACACAAUUCCGAAGAACACAAAAGUCUUUGUUAACCUAUGGGCAAUGGGGCGUGACCCUAACGUUUGGGACGACCCCUUUUCGUUCGAUCCUGAAAGAUUUAUGGUCACAAAAUUGGAUUUUAAAGGCCAAGACUUUGAGUUAUUGCCGUUUGGUUCGGGGAGGAGGAUGUGUCCUGGUUUGCCAUCAGGCAUUAAGAGCAUUGAAUUUAUAUUGGCAUCUUUAAUUCAUGAAUUUACUUGGGUUCUUCCAGAUGGAGUUGAUCCUUCAAAACUCAACAUGGAUAGCAAAUUUGGGAUUGCUAUGAAGAGGGAAACCCCGUUAGAGCUAAUAUUCAAAAGAAAAUAAGAAUAUCAGUGUUUAUAAUUCAUAUGAAAUUUCCUAUCAUAUUAUGUAUUUGAAAGAUAAACAAAGACUUAAAGACAACUUGCUAGGUUUACGACAUCAAUUUUUGUUGUUAUUUUCUAUUAUAUGCAAUUUCAUAAUUAAUUA